AUGGCAAAGCGUCACUUGAAGGUCGCCGGAGACUUGGGCAGAGUCAUCUUCGUCGAGAUGGACCUCCGAAACACUGCAUCUAUCGAAGAGAGCGUGCGACACUCUGACAUUGUCUACAACCUCAUUGGUCGCGACUACCCCACCAAGAACUUUGACCUGGAGGACGUACACGUCCACGGCACAGAGCGCAUCGUGGAUGCUGUCGCCAAGUACGACAUUGACAGAUUUGUUCAUGUCUCAUCUCACAGCGCACGCUUGGAUUCACCAUCCGAGUUCUACCGCACCAAGGCUCAGGGUGAGCAAGUAGCACGCUCCAUCUACCCAGAGACCACCAUUGUUCGCCCUGCGCCCAUGUUCGGUUUCGAGGACCGUCUUCUCCACCGUCUCGCUUCCCCCUCAAACAUCAUCACCUCGAACAACCUGGAAGAGCGCAUCCGCCCCGUCCAUGUCAUCGAUGUCGGCAUGGCUCUUGAGAAGAUGCUGCAUGACGACACCACUGCCGCUGAGACUUACGAACUCUACGGCCCGACAGAGUACUCCAUGGCCGAGAUCAACGAGCUCGUUGAAAAGGAGGCCAUGAAGCCGCGUCGCCAUGUCAACAUUCCCAAGCGCCUCCUGAAGCCUGUCGCACACUAUGCCAACAAGCUUCUCUGGUGGCCCAUCCACUCUGCUGAUGAGGUCGAGCGCGAGUUCAUUGACCAGAUCAUUGACAAGGAUGCAAAGACUUUCAAGGACCUGGACAUUGACCCUGUCGAGUUGAAGAGCUUGACCUUUGAGUACCUCAAGGGUUACCGAAGCUCAAGUUACUAUGAUUUACCACCCAUGAGCGAGAAGGAGAAGAGGGAAGAGAAGAAGUAUCUGCACGUUCUUGACGAUCAGUAG